AUGCUGGUGCCACCGUCCUCUGUCGCGCUUGAAGACGAAGAGGAGGAGGAAGAAGAAGAAGAAGAACAUGCUGAGAAGUUGAUAAGCAGGAAAAGGAGUAGGGAGACCACAGCUGGUGCUUCUGUGGCGCAGAAGGCUGGUGGAGCUCCCGUAAUCGGGAAACAGAGCAAUCUGCGCUCUCUUUAUAAAUUUUCUCCCGAGGCCAAAAAGAAGACCUCUGAAAAGAGGAGUGUUGUUUUCAAAGAUCCCCAGGAACCGGCGGUGAAAAAGACCAAGGUUACCAUCAAGCCUUUCAAGACUGCUGGGUCAGAGGCUGAGAAAGAGAAAAACAAGGCCGUUGAGAAGCCUGUUGAUAAGGCUGCUGAGAAGGAGAAGGAGGCGGAGAAAAAGAAGGCUUUUGAAAAGCCUGUUGGUGGUGAUCCUAAGGAGACUGCGGCCGCUGCUGUUACUGCUCAUGAAAAAGCGCAGGGUCCGGAGGUCGUCCACAUCACGGGGCUUGACCAGCUCCUUCAUGAAAAAAGGAAAGAAACUGGCAAGGGGCCUGAGGUUGUCAAACCCACCGAGCCGGCGCAGAUCGAUCCCCCCUCCCAAACUGUUAAAGAUACUUCUGAUGUUAGGGGGUCAACUGCUACUGCGCACAAGGAAACCAAAACCGCUGCAGGUGGCGCGGGUGCGGCUGGUGGUGCAGGAGGAUCUAUGCCCCAGGUUAUCGGCCAGAAAGAUACUGUGGGCGAUAUUUAUUAUAAGACUUAUACGGAGGAAGCGCGCGGUAACGCUCCCCACCAAGCUCCGCGGGGUCUAAAGCAGAAGGACACCUUCUUGGAGUUUGGAGCAUGUCGUGACUGGUUCCUGAAUUCAUUCCCUCUUGGCGAGGUUAACCGCCAAAGGGCACGAACUCAUGAUGGGCUGUACCAAGCCUAUGUCGUUGGAGAGGCCAAUACUCGCGCCGCCAAUCACCAGAUCGUACGAGAAUGGCGCACGAUGAUUAAGGAGCGGGCGGACUGGGAAAAAUAUCGUGAGCGCCUGGUGAGGCAGGUUAAGGAUUAUGAGAAGGCUAAGGCUGCCCUUGGCAAAGAGAAGGCAAAGUUUGAGGGUGAUAAGAAGUCAGAAGAGUGGGGCCGUGAAGGCCUUCGGGGCAAGCUUCGUGCUGCUGAAGAUCUUCUGGCGAAGGAGAAGGCUGAAUGGAAGAAAAUUUGUGAGAAAGAUAAUCAUCGUAUGUAUGCAGCCCGAGCCAAGAUUACCGACCUUGAGGGUCAAGUUGCUGAAUUGAAAGGGAAGGUUGAAGAUGUUCAAGCUGAUAAGGAACAUGUUGAGGCUGAGUUGAAAGCGCAGGUAUCCAGUAAGGACAAAGACCUGGCAGCUAAGGACGUUGAGAUUGCCGAGUUGAAACGUAGUUUGCAAGAGCAAACCGACAAAAGUGAGUCCUUGGAAAUUGACCUUGGAGCUGAGAGAGGGAAAGUUGCUUCUGCUGAGGAGGCCAAGCAAAAGGCUGAGGAGGCGCGAGACAUGAGUACAUCUACCCUUAACAUAGCGCAAAACAAUUACUCCGAGGCUCAAGGCAUCGUUGACACGCUGGUUACCGAGGCCGAGUGGAUGCGUGGCCGAGGAGUAGUUCUGAUGGCCAACUCUAUCUUGAAUGCUGGAGAACUGGAUGAAGCUGUUGCUGCUCUCACGGAUGCCUCACGCGCGGUUGGUUAUCGUGGAGGUUAUCUAGAGUGUGCGCAACAUGUUGAAGAAGCGAUAGGACAAGAGUUCGAUGUCAGUCAUUGCUCAGUGACCGAUCAGGCUGAUGCUGCAUUAGCCCGCGCUGAAAAGGCUUAUGACCAUCAAUCACUGCCUGUGAUGGAUUUGGUCGCAAAGGCACUGGAGCAUGACGACUGGUGCCAACGGUUGAAGCAGAUCCUUGACCCUCCAGAGACUGUGGAGUUGUCUGAUGGAGAGCCAGCUGGAAAUGAUGGUGAUGGUGAUGGCGAUAAGCAUGACGAUGAUGGUGGUGGUGAUGGUUAUGAGUAG